GCUGAGGCAGGCAGUUGCUACGACCGCUGGCAAACGGUGAAAUCAGAAACAGUGACAUCAUUGCCGUAACAGUUGAUCUCGGGACACUUCGUGCGGAUAUCCAUCUGGAUCUGUAUCUGCGUACUGAAAAGCGUUUACGUUAGUAGACGAUACUACACGGGAGGAUUUCUUUUACAAUCUCUGAGGAUAAUUCCAAGAGAAUAUGCCUGCCGAUAUCAUGGAAAAAAACUCCUCUUCUCCGGUGGCCGCGACUCCGGCAAGCAUGAAUACUACACCUGAUAAACCCAAAACGGCUUCAGAACACAGAAAGUCUUCUAAACCUAUUAUGGAGAAAAGAAGAAGAGCCAGAAUAAACGAAAGCUUAGGGCAGCUGAAAACUUUAAUCUUGGAUGCUCUCAAGAAAGAUAGCUCAAGACACUCGAAACUUGAGAAGGCGGACAUUCUGGAAAUGACAGUGAAACAUCUCAGAAACAUGCAGCGUGCACAAAUGACUGCUGCCCUGAACACAGAUCCCACCGUUCUUGGGAAGUACAGAGCUGGAUUCAGCGAGUGUAUGAACGAGGUGACCCGUUUCCUAUCCACCUGUGAAGGGGUCAACACCGAGGUCAGGACCCGGCUGCUCGGUCACUUAGCCAGCUGCAUGACACAAAUCAACGCGAUGAACUAUCCAACACAGCACCAGAUACCCACCGGGCCUCCUCAUCCAACCUUCAACCAGCCAAUGGUUCAGAUCCCAAGCGCAACUCAGCAAGCCAACGUGGUGCCCCUAAGCGGAGUCCCCUGCAAAAGCGGGUCUUCCUCCAACCUGACUUCUGAUGCAACAAAAGUAUACGGAGGUUUCCAGCUUGUGCCGGCAACGGACGGACAGUUCGCCUUUUUGAUCCCCAACACUGGCUUUGCUCCAAACGGUCCUGUUAUUCCAGUGUACGCCAACAAUUCCAUCACACCGGUUCCAAUGGCCGUGUCUCCAGGCGCACCAUCAGUCACAUCAGAUUCCGUUUGGCGGCCUUGGUAGACUGUGGCAGAAUACAAAAUACUCUUAAAGACAAACAACACUUGAUUUCUUUGUUCAGCGUUACCUUUUUGUUCUUUUUAUUGUGUAUAAAAAAAUGUUUUAUGAGAUGAUCGAUGCACUAUAUUUGUAUAGCUCAAAAGGGAGAGAAGUUCAUAUUGAAAUAAGUUUUGUAUUGUUGGAUUCCGUUCAUUGCAUUUUUUAUAUUUGCGGUAUCUUUUCUACAUUGUGAUGCCAAAGAUAUGUUGAAUGCGUUUUCAAAUGUCUUCUUUUUGGAAGAUGAAUA